AUGUUAAAACCUGAGUAUCAAUCAUUUCCACUCGUUAGAAUUACAUUGAUAGGGCCACCAAAGUCGGGAAAAUCUAGUAUAGCGAAUUUUUUUGUGAAUAAUAAUUUCGCUGGAUGUUCAAAUUCAUACUUACCAGAACUUCCUCCAGAAGAUUCAGAAAUUGGAGAUCCUAUUUCAUUAUGCUUAGAAAUUGAGGACCUUCCUGGAAUCGAAUCUAACUAUAUAAAUGACCAGUUUGUUAACAGAUAUUUCAAUAUGGGACGAAAGGAAUUAUUCAUUCCACCGGGAACAAAGGACAUAGUUCCGUUUAAAAUAUGGAAACCUCCUAAGGUUCCUCUUGCUGCAGGCCAAAAAUAUUUACCUUUAACUCAAGGAAGAAUGGGGUUUAUUUUUGUGUGUGAUAUAAAUGACAUUGAUUCAAUUAAAACAAUAGAGUUGUUGUACCAGAAGUUCCAAUCUAUUACGGAACUAUCCAUAUCAUCUAUUAAGCCGGUUGUCUUUUUGUGCGCAAACAAAGUUGACAAAGACACAGAAACGAAAAAUUUUGAGCUAAAUUUAUUUAGAAUCGAAGAUUUCGCAAGCAGAAUGUUCAUUCGUCUUUGGAAAACUUCAGCACUAACAGGGAAGAAUAUCAGGCAUGUAAGUGAUAAAAAAAAAAUUAAUCUACAAAACAUAUUUGGACAGAUGUUUAGGGAUAUACUAUAUUUAAUUAAUUCUAAUAGUGCGCUAUGGCAAAUAGAUUUGAGAUAUGUGAGUGAAAGUUCUGGUUCAGAAGAAGAAGCUCAAGAUUUCCUCUCUCAAUGUUUAAAUAUUUAA